AUGGAGAAAACACGCGGAUCCAGACUUUUGCAGAUGCAAGCUCGGUUCCAAGAGAAACAGUUGCAAGAGCGUGAAAUGAAGAUAGCCUCACUCUACGAAGCUCAGCAGGCGCGCGCGCUGGACCGCGUGCGACAUUCUCCCAGCAACAUUGGGACUCGUGCCUCACCUCCACAGCAGACGCCUGUUGCACAUCAACCUGGAAAGGUGCGCCAAAUGUUCGAAGAGCGCCGCACAAAAGCCGGCAUCGACAAGAGCUACCCUUUGCAGCCUAUCCACAACACAGACAAAGCGACAGCUCGGAAGCCGUUGCCCAACGGCUACAGUAAGGUCACUACCGGUCCCAAGCUCAGCGUGGAGCGUAAGACCAGCAAGAUGCACAUCAGCACCACCACGCACAGUGUCAAAAGACAGCAGCAUAAAAUGCAGAACAUAGUCAACGGCUCUGGCGAUCUCAAUCAUAAUCACGAACCGGACAUGAACACUGUCAAACAAAAGCUGCCCCAAAGCAACGGUGAGUUGAUCCAUCAAAACAAUAUAGAUGAGACAGACAGGGCUGAGAAUAACUAUCUGCUAGAAAACGAAACAUUUCCAGAGGCCUUAGCACCAACGCCCACACCAAGAUCUCCUGAUCCACCUGUUGAGGCAAAGAAACCACCUCUCAAAAGAGAGCCACCUAAAAGGAUUAGUCCAGCGAAGACAAAACCUGUGCCUAUAGUAGCCCCCACUACACCGAGGAGAAACACAAAUGAAAAUAUUGCCUCGGAUGUCAAUAAGGGCCGCGGGGCCAUGCAGACCAAAGCACAACCGGUACCUAGUAAAAAGCUUUCAGUGAGUGCGAGCAGCAACGGCGCUUUGGAUUCGGCGCGCUCCUCCAAGCCGGGCGUGGGGGGGGGCAGCGCGGGGGGCGCCGACGUGGGCCCCGCCUGCGCCGUGUGCGGGCGACACUUCGCGCCCGACCGCCUCGACAAGCAUCAGGAGAUCUGCAGGAAGUCACACGCUAAGAAGAGGAAACCUUUUGACGCACUCAAACAUCGUUUAGCUGGUACAGAAGCAGAACCAUUUAUCAACAAACUCCGCAAAGCUGGGAACACACCCUCGACGACCAAAGCGAAGCCUCUGAACAACACUUGGCGACAGAAGCACCAGGAGUUCAUAACGGCCAUCCGCGCUGCUAAACAGGUGCAAGCGCAUCUCGACGCUGGCGGUAAGCUGAGCGACCUCCCGCCACCACCUCCCUCCGAGAACCCCGACUACGUGUCGUGUCCACACUGCGGCCGUCGCUUCAACCAGGCGGCGGCCGAGCGUCACAUCCCUAAGUGCGCCAACUUCCAGUUCAACAAGCCCAAGCCGGGCGCCAAGCGCCGGUAA